GCCGUCGUGUUUUCAGGAAUGGAGGACGAUAAAUCGUGGCCCCCCAUCGGACCAACCGAGGCGUUCAAAACCUAUAAAGAUACCGUCAUGGUUGUGUGGAACAUCAUUUCAAUUUCGAGACAUCAAGACAGUGUUCCGAGAACGAAGCUAAACAAGUGAUUCUGUGCAAGUCAAGGUCUUUCCUGCCUUCAAAGUUUGUUCAAAUUGAGAGAAACCAACCAGAGAACCAUGACAGCAAUCAGUAUGCCAUUAAACACUAAGGAAGAGAAGGAUGUUCCUGAAACGAAAACGACGAGAGAUUGCUCAUUGUUGGUUAUAGCGGUUGUCGUAACAGUGCUCACUCUAGUCGCUUUUGCGGUGUCUGUCUUGUAUGCAACUAUUUUAUGCACAGCGCCAACUUGUGGUCGACAUAAGUCGCAUCCAAGAGCCCAUGAUUUGAAUUUCAAGGCACAUGGAACAAUAGGGGAUACCGAAUUCGAUGAUGACUUCCAUUACGACCAUAAAAAUAACGUUUUAAUCAAGAAGAUUACGAGUCAAAGUUCAAAGGAUAAUGCAACGGUCUUUCAUGAUUUUACAAGGGGUGUCACUACGUAUGUGCUUCCGAUGAAAAAGCGAUGUUUCAUUGGAGCUCUAGAAACAGACAGCUAUGAUAUGGUCCUACACGCACAAAAUGGCGGUUUCAGCGAGCUCUCUAACCCUCGGGCCCGUCAGUACUUCUCUCAAGGCAUCGUAUCCCCUCCCUUCCUGGAACGGACAGCAGGCCCUCUCGUCCUCAGCCACUGUCUCGGUCUUGAAACAAGCUGGAUAGAAGCACCCUCGAUACAACCAUCGGUAGAGGGCGCUUCAAUAGAGAAGAGACGAGCUCAGGAUACUGUAUCACUGUCAGAUGGUACUAUCAUUAUUAUAAUUAUUAUAAGAUAGAGCUCACGUUAAAUGUAUAGUGUUUAAUGCUGCAGCCACACCAGCGAAUCGGACCCCGGUGCCCCGUAACUCUAAGGUUAACGAUUAAUCUCUAAAUGAAAUUUGCCUUUUUAAUUGGCCUAUCACGAUAAUUGUUGCAUGCGCAUUUUGCUCAGUAGACUGACUGGAAACCAAUCAGAACUGUUUCUUGAAAUUGGGGAUUAAUCGUUAACCUUCGUGUUACGGGCUCUGACCGACCAAAGGCUAUUGAAUACUGUCACUGUUCAACGAUUGGUCUCUUUGGAUUCCGCUUUCUGUAUGUGACUGAAUAGAACACAUUGGGAUGGGUCUAUACAUGUACAUUUAAUCAACAAGUUCAAGAUGGAAACUGGAUCAGGGUACUGUUCCCUCCGGAUGUGCAGCAUCUCUACUUCGUCUUGAAAAAGAUGGCUCAUCGUAUAUUUAGAGCGAUUCCAUAACUUGCCUUUUAAAAAACCAUAGAUGCAAUAAUUUCAGUUAAUUAUACCACAUACCUGUUUAAAUCAAACCUGGUCCUUAAAGAAAAUGUUUACUUUGACGAAAAGUAAGUUUUGAUGAAAGCAGAAAGAAAUUAGAGAAAGACAUCCGUCAAAGAAUAACGGAGUUAUGAAAGAUACAAAUUUUGAAGUCAAAUUUCUAACGUCAUAGACAGUUAUGUUGCAUAUCUCUCAUAAUGGAAUGUUCCACUAUUUUAAUAACAUAUCAAUUUUUUUUUAAUGGAUUGAGACUUUACAUGGUACUUACUUUCAAUAUGAAUUAUUUGUCAUUAUCCAUUACCUGCUAGGCUAUGAAUUUAGCCAUCAUUUUGGCCUGAUUCGGCUAUGAUGGGCCCGGGGAAAGCGUUGUACACCGAUUGCUUUUACAACGCGGUUCCGAAUUUCUCAUGAAAAUGAAAGUCGACGGUUUCUCACAUAAUUU